GUGAAAAGGCAUCGGACUGAGCCCGCUGAACAGAACCCACUCCAGACAGGAAACUCUAGAGUAGCAGAACAACAGACCUUUAGGCCGCACCUGCCACUGACUCCAAGCACCCCUCCAGCCAAGCGGGACCUUGGAGUCUCAAGGGUGAAGGUAGAAAGGCCACUGGUCAGGAAACCUCUGGAUUAGCUACAGCCUUGCCGAGCCUCCUGCACAGGAUGGCUGACGCCCAGACUCAGGUGGCCCCCACACCAAGUAUCCCAAUGGCGACUGCAAAGGACCCAUCCCUCCCUCCACCCCCAGGCCUAGAGGAUCUGCCACCACCGCCACCCAAGGAGUCCUUCUCCAAGUUCCACCAGCAGAGGCAAGCAAGUGAGCUCCGCCGCCUCUACAAACACAUCCACCCUGAGCUCCGCAAGAACCUGGCUGAGGCUGUGGCUGAGGAUCUGGCUGAGGUCCUGGGCUCUGAGGAGCCCACUGAGGGAGACGUCCAGUGCAUGCGCUGGAUCUUUGAGAACUGGCGGCUGGAUGCCAUUGGUGAUCAUGAGAAGCCAGCUGCUAAGGAGCCUGUGCCAAGUGGCAACGUUCAGGCCACCUCCCGCAAGUUUGAAGAAGGCUCCUUUGCCAACUGCACAGACCAGGAGCCAGCCGGACCCCGGCCAUCGGGAAGCGAUGUUCGUGCAGCUCGAUGGCUGUUUGAGACAAAGCCACUGGAUGCGCUGACAGGCCAGUCAGAGGAAACGGAGGCUACUUCUACUGUGAGGGAACCUGCAGCCAGUGGAGACGUGCAGGGUACCAGGAUGCUCUUUGAGACACGGCCCCUGGAUCGCCUGGGCUCCCGCCCCUCCAUCCAGGAGCAGAGUCCCUUGGAGCUUCGCUCAGAGAUCCAGGAACUAAAGGGUGAUGUGAAAAAGACAGUGAAGCUAUUCCAAACUGAGCCACUGUGUGCCAUCCAGGAUGCAGAGGGCGCCAUCCACGAGGUCAAGGCUGCCUGCCGGGAGGAGAUUCAAAGCAAUGCAGUGAGGUCUGCCCGCUGGCUCUUUGAGACCAGACCUCUGGACGCCUUCAACCAAGACCCUAGCCAGGUACGAGUGAUCCGAGGGAUCUCACUUGAGGAAGGGGCACGGCCUGACGUCAGUGCAACACGUUGGCUCUUUGAGACACAGCCCCUGGAUGCCAUCCGUGAGAUCUUGGUGGAUGAGAAGGACUUCCAGCCAUCCCCAGACCUCAUCCCCCCUGGUCCAGACGUUCAGCAGCAGCGGCAUCUAUUUGAGACUCGAGCCUUGGACACUUUGAAGGGGGAAGAAGAUGCUGAAGUGGAGGCCCCACCUAAGGAGAAGGUGAUACCUGGUGAUGUCCGCUCCACCUUGUGGCUAUUUGAGAUGAAACCCCUGGACACUCCCAGAGGCAAGGUCCAAGUGGGUCAGCUGCAGCGGGUGGAGCACCAGGAAGGGGAGGGGCUCAUGUGUGAGCGUCCAUCCAGCAAUGGUGCCUCAGCACUGCCCCUCUCUCAGGGUGCCCCACGGAGCGAUGGGUUGAAGGGAGAUGUGAAAACCUUUAAGACUCUUUUUGAGACCAUUCCCCUGGACAAUAUCGGGCAGGGUGAGCCCUUGGCCCAUGCGAGCAUGGACAGAAUAGAAACAGCUGCUUCUGCUGGACAGUCCCAGGGCACAGCCUCACCACUGUAUGCCAUGCAGGACAGCAAGGGCCAGCUCCAUGCCCUGACUUCUGUCAGCAGAGAGCAGAUGGUUGGAGGCGAUGUGCAGGGUUACAAGUGGAUGUUUGAGACACGUCCCCUCGACCAGCUGGGUCGAAGCCCCAGUACCAUUGAUGUGGUACGAGGUAUCACUCGGCAGGAAGUAAUGGCUGGGGACGUUGGCACUGCUCGGUGGCUCUUUGAGACCCAGCCCCUGGAGAUGAUCCACCAGCGGGAGCAGCAGGAACGACAGGAAGAGGAGGGGAAGAGUCAAGGAGGCCUCCAGCCUGAGGCACUCCCAAAGGGCGAUGUGCAGACCAUCCGGUGGUUGUUUGAGACAUGUCCAAUGAGUGAGUUGGCUGAGAAGCAAGGGUCAGAGAUCACAGAUCCCACAACCAAGGCUGAGGCACAAUCUUGUACCUGGAUGUUCCAGCCUCAAGCCCUAGACAGGGCAGAGGACUCUAGAGAGCAGCACCUGCAGGUCAGCCAGGUGCAGGCCAGAGAAAGACAGACAGAUGGACAUAUCUUUGAAACUGAACCUCUGCAAGCAUCAGGUCGACCUUAUGGAAGAGGACCUAUGCGGUACUGCAGCCGAGUGGACAUCCCUUCAGGGCAGGUGUCUCGUCAGAAGGAACUUUUCCAGGCCCUGGAGGCAGGAAAGAGGGAAGAGCAAGAGUCCAGGACAACCCCCGGGCAUCCUACAGGUUCUGUGCACAAGUUCACUUGGCUCUUUGAGAAUUGUCCCAUGGGUUCCCUGGCAGCUGAGAGCAUCCAAGAAGGCAACUUUCAGGAAGAGCAACACCAGAGCCCCACAGGCAAGAGGAUGCUAGAGAGGCAGGAGACUGCAGCUGAGGGAACCCUGCGGACUCUGCAUGCCACACCUGGCAUCCUGCACCAUGGAGGCAUCCUCAUGGAGACCCGAGGGCCAGGGGAACUCUGCCUUGCCAAGUAUGUGCUCCCAGGCCCAGGGCAGGGGUGCCCCUACAUACGGAAGGAGGAGCUGGUGUCUGGUGAGCUUCCUAGGAUCGUCUGCCAAGUGCUGCGCAGACCAGAUGUGGACCAGCAGGGACUGCUGGUGAGAGAGGACCCACCUGGCCAGCUCCAGCUCCAUCCGCUGAGGCUGCCAGCUCCAGGAAACACUGGGAAUAUUGAAGACAUGGACCCUGAGCUCCAGCAGCUGCUGGCUUGUGGCCUCGGAGCCUCCACGGCAAGGACUGGGAUGGUGAUGCAAGAGACAGAGCACGGCCUAGUAGCACUGACUGCCUAUUCCCUACAGCCUUGGAUAACCAGCAGAGCCCCCAAAAGGAGCAGUGUGCAGCUGCUGGCCAGCUGCAUAGACAAAGGAGACCUGAGUGGCCUGCACAGUCUGCGGUGGGAGCCACCAGCUGAUCCAAGUCCAGUGCCAGCCAAUGAGGAAGACCAGAGCCAUCCGCCAACCGAGAGUAUCAUCCAUGUUCCUCCACUGGAUCCCAGCAUGGAGAUGGGACAUCUGAGAGGCCCAGGGGCUACCCCUUGCCCACCUCAGGCCAUUGGAAAGGCAGUCCCUCUGGCUGGGGAAGUUGCAGCCACAGCCUCAUGGCAGGAAGCAAAAAAGCAAGCAGACAGCAAUCACACUAGGCAGAAAGGGACGGCAGCCUUGGCAAAGUCAGGAGGAGUCAUGAACACCCCUCCAGGGUCCAGGUCCCCAGACCUCCAGGAGGCUGUGCAGAGUCUGCGGAUGGUAACAGCCGAGGCCCAAAGCCUGCACCAGCAAGUUCUGAAUAGGCACACACAAGGCUCUGCCCCUUCAGCCACUUCUAUGCCCAUCCAGGAUGGUCUUCUGCAAGCACCAGCCCCUACCUCUGGGGCUAUACACAGGCCUGUGGCUGGAGGUGACUCCAGAAUCCCAGCAGCCUCCAGAAAGGUCAGUGGGGAAGAGAAAGCACUACCCAGAGGGCUGCCUGGGGGGUGGGAGAACAUUCAGGAUGGUGUCUACACUGCUCACCCUGUAAGGACUUUUGACCCCUCUAGGGGUGUCCAACUUUCUGGGAAGGAGCCUCAUACAUGGGACAGAGAGACUGUGCUCUCUGCCCAGGCUCCCAGCCCACCCCAGGGAGACCCAGGUCAGAGUCCUGGGCCAGGGAGGCAGGAACCUGGAGGAUGCACACAGAGGGUCUGGGGGCCUCCAGGGAAGGUGAUGGCCCAAGUCUACCCAGGGGGCCUCCAAGAUGCAAACACCACCCUGAAGACUGCUCCUUUAGCUCACAAUACUCUGGCCUCUGGGUCCCAGGCUGCAGGUACCAACCUGCACUUCCAUAACAUCUCUGUUCCUCCCCCUCCUACUCUCCCAGCUGCUGUGACAGGAACUGACUUCCCUGCUCAAACCCGCCAUGAUGAAGACUCCAAUCAGCAGGACUCCAAGUCCCUGCAGAACCCCCUUCUUCAUACCCACAGUGGCCAUGCUGGACAGAGAACCCCUGAAGGAUCACAGACAAAGACUCCAAAACUGGAACCUACCAUGCCUCCAAGGAAGAAGCCCCCAGUGCCCCCAAAACCUGCACAUCUAACCCAGAUCCACCCUCCUCAGAGGCUAUCCAAGCCCUCAGUUUUAUCCCCCAGCUUGUCCUCAGAGGUGGGACAAGGAGAACACACAGGAGAGACAGAUACAACCAUCUCUCAGCCACCCAAAGUUCCUAGGGCAGCAGGCCAGGGCUGCGUGCCUCUGAAUAGAUGCUCCAGUGGACAGAGCCAUCCCAGUCCCCAACACAGCCUCAGCCCUGUGGCUCCCAGGCCCAACAAAGAUCAGGCUACCGACAGUAAUGCCCAGAGCCCUGAGCCCCGCAACCUCAACAUUCUCAGCAGAGACUCCACCUCACCAGAGAGGAGCUACAGCCCCCCAAAACAACAGCCCAUGAAGUAUUCCAUGCAAAGGGCUCCUGAGAAUUCUGAGACUCUGCGGGGAAGCCAGCAAGAGCUCCAGGGCCUCCUGAGCCAAGUACAAGCCUUGGAGAAGGAGGCUGUCAGCAGUGUGGAUGUGCGGGCCCUGCGAAGGCUCUUUGAGGCUGUGCCCCACCUGGGAGGUGCAGCUCCUCAGCCUCCUGCUGUCCUCCACAAGCCAGAGACCUCCAUGGAUCAGGCCUUUGGGGAGCUAACUCGGGUCAGUACAGAAGUCGCCCGACUGAAGGAGCAGACCCUAGCCAGGCUGCUGGACAUUGAAGAGGCUGUGCACAAGGCUCUCAACUCCAUGUCUAGUCUCCAGCCUGAGUCUAACACCAGGGGCCAUUCCCAGAGAUCUCAAAAGGAUCACAGUACCCACAAGGUCAGUGUCUCAGGCAGCAGAAGAGCCAGGCCCACUUGCUCAGGCCAGGAAGUAGAAGAUCCAGCUCCAGUCAAGGGUCAAGCCAAAGCUGAAUGCCAUUCUAAGGACCAGAGUCAAACCAAGAUCAGAAGUCACACAGAGGCCAGAGUUCAGGCAGUCUCAACUGCCUCUCCCUUCAGGAGGCUGGAGACAUUGAGAGAAAAUUCAGGCCUCCCUCCAGUCUUGCCUUCCUGCCAAGAUUCACCCUCCUCCCCAACCUUCAUUUCCAUCCAGUCAGCCACAAGGAAGCUUCCAGAGGCCUCCAGCCCAAACGGCAGCCAUAAUGUCUCAGGGAAAAGCACACACCUACAUCAGGACAUAGACCAAGCCCUGCUCCACCAGAAAGGUGUCCAAAACAAGGCUGGGAAAAAGGUGGUCACCCAGUGCUCUGGGCAGCCAAAGCCUACCCCUGCCUCAGCCAAGCCCCUGCCUACAGGGCAGCAAAAGAGUAUCCUGGAGUUGCAGACUACGCCAGGUGGCCCCCAGUGCUAUGAAGCCACGAAAACCGUGACUGAACAGUACGAGGAGAUGGACCAGUUUGGGAACACAGUCCUUGCUUCCUCAACCACCACCACUGAGCAGGCAGAGCCAACCAGGGACCUGGGUCUGGGCCUGGGCCCCCACCUCGGGCUCCACGCCUCACCACUGCUGAGACAAUUCCUGCACAGCCCUGCUGGGUUCAGUAGUGGCCUGGCAGAAGCUGAGAUGGCAUGUGGCCAUACACAGCCAGCAGCCCAGUGAGCACCUCUACCUCAUGCCUAUCACGUGGUGCCUCCCUUCAGGGCCCCAGGACUAAGGUGGAUGCCUACUUCCUGCACACAUGGGGUGGAGACUGAGAAGAAAGGGCAUCUUCUGAGAACUGGUGAGAGCAGUUCCCUCUUGUCAGUUCCACCUAUAUGUUCUCACAAAAGAGGAAGAAAAAUUAGAAGCCCAGGAAACCCUGCAGGCACAGGGUAGGAUGGGACCUGCCGACUGCUUGCAGAGGACAGACUACAUGACAAUAUACACCCACGCCUCACACAUGUGAGUCUGCACAUCAUUGCCUCCAGAACUGGAGACACACCCCCCUCCAGUGUCCCUCCACCCUCGACCUUUCUUUUGAGUGUGAAUGUCUUGGGGCAUCUACUCCUUGAUUCCUGGAGAGGACCAGGGCCAAUGGGACACAGCACUGGUCUCGGUAAGGAAUUGGUAUGGGGGCUCCAGAAGGGCCUGGCCACUGGCCCCUUUAUCACCAUCUUCAUGCAACUGGUCACCCUGGUGGCCCAAAAGUCAAGCAAAAAAGGUCAACAAUCAAUAAUGUUCCUAUAAGUCAAAUGUACUACCCUUCUCUGCUCCCCAUUCCACCCCAGACUCUGCACUUCAAAUGGAAAAUACUUUAAAUAAACCCAAGUUUGA